AUGUCUUCUUUCAAACCACUUUCCACAUUUCCCCUCUUCUCCAGAUUUCCCCCAGAGCUGCGCCUAAAGAUCUGGCACGAGAGCUUGCCGGAUCUGGACGGCAUCACGUUACACAGCUACAAGAAGGGAUGCUGGGGUCUCCGGGGCCUACCAAAAUCAGAGGUCGAUAUUAUACUCGACCAGAUGGUUGUCAUGGAAGAGGACACAAUUGACUAUGAUUUCCGCCACGAGAUGUUGGACCCUGUACAAGUUGAACUUCCCAUGGCGUUUGUCAAUCGCGAAGCACGCAGCGUUGCCUUGUCUUGGAUGCGCAAGCGAGGCGUCGAGAUGCGCUUCGACAAGGGUAGAAACUGCCACGUCUUUGAGGAGCGGUUCAACCCGAGACGCGAUGCUCUCUUCAUCACCCAAAACCAGUGGGAUGACUUUUGCCUCGAGCCCUUUGAUAGGCUCGCGCAGCCAGAUCUCUCCAGUCUCACUGUCAAGAGCGAUGCGGAUCUCACACGCAUUGCCAUUCCUCACCCGACGGUUGGGACGGAUUGCUCUUCGCUGGCCGAAGUGUUCCACUGGUUCCCUCAUCUAGAGGUGCUGUUCGUCGUCUUGGACUUGAGAAUAGACCCCAAGAUUGAGAUGCUGCUGAGGAAGGGAGACCGCAAGCAGGCCAAGGCCCGUAUGCAGAACCAACAGUGGGUAGUUGAGGAUGCUGAAGAAAGCACGCUGGUCUGGAACGGUGCGAAUCGUCGCUUCCAGUGGCAAGGCAGUGCUGGCUUGGGCAAUACAGCGCUGUAUAGAAGGAUGGAGGAGGUGGCUAGAGAGAUUCGUGGGAGGCUUGUGGCGAGGCAGACUGGAAGCUUCAAGAUCCAGCCUGUUUACGCCGUCAAGGGAUGA